AUGGCCCGGAGCCCAGCUGCGCUACUGCUGUCGCCUCUGAUAUUCCUGCUGCUGACAACGCCUGUCCAGGUCUCCCCCGACUACCAUUACUUUGGCGAUCAGGGAGAAGGAGACACCUGGGAGCAGUUACGGCUGCAGUUUCAGGGGAAAGACGCGGAGGACUCGAUCCUUGGCCCGUGGGGAAAGUGGCGCUGUCUUUGCGACCUGGGCAAGCAGGAGCGCAGCCGUGAGGUGCUGGGCACAGCGCCGGGCCCAGUGUUCAUGGACCGCGAGAACCUAGUGCAGGUGCGGCCCUGCAGGCAACGGGACUGUUCAUCCUGCAAGCCGAUCGACUGCGACUGGAGGCCCUGA